CAUGCAGCCGGACACGGUUUCUCCCAUCUGGAACCUGCGGGGCGUGCUGAGUAACGCCUGGCACAGAGUGAAGGUGAAGGUCAGGGAGGAUUAAAGCGAGGAACAGACUCGGUGCAUUGAUCGACAUUCAGAAUCCAAAGUUAAACAUGGCGACCACAGGGUGCCUGCUGCUGCUUCUUCUUAACCUCAGUGGAGCCUUUUGUGCAGCAGUGCAGUGGACAGAACUAAAUGAAGCAAAGGCCUACCUGAAGCAGUAUGGCUACCUGACUGACUACGCUGAUGCACAGGACCCUGAAAACCUCGAGCAGGUCAUAGAAGCUCUCAGGGUUUUCCAGAGAGCGAAUGAUCUGCCACCUACAGGAGAAAUAGAUGAAGCUACUCUGACUGUGAUGAGAGAGCCUCGCUGUGGGAUGGAGGACAACUUCAACAAGAAGCAUCAUAGAUACAGAGUGAAUGUUGGUUGGAGAAAGAAGAGUCUGACAUAUCGCAUCUACAACUACACACCUGACAUGAAGAAGGCGGACGUGGACACAGCCAUCCGCUCUGCAUUCAAGUACUGGAGCGAUGUGACUCCUUUGACCUUUAGAGAGGUCAGCUUUGGACGAGCAGACAUUAAGAUCUCCUUCCAUACGAGAGAUGGCUGCGGUGUCCCGUUUGAUGGCCCUGGUCAUGUGCUGGCCCACGCUGAGCUACCAGAGUCAGGUAUUGUCCACUUUGAUGACGACGAGUUCUGGACUGAGGGGACGUAUUAUGGCUCUAAUCUACGCAUUGUUGCCACCCAUGAGAUCGGACACGCCCUCGGCCUCUCUCACUCUGAGUAUAGAAGAGCUCUGAUGUCUCCAGUCUACAACGGGUACAAGGCGAACUUUAGGCUGCAUUUUGAUGACAUCGAAGGCAUCCAGGCAAUAUACGGCGACCGCAUGACCACCCCUUUAGCAGGCCCGACACACACGGACAGUCUGAUUCCUACAGAGAGCAGCCGUGAGACUGAGACCAUACCUGACCCCUGCACUGCUGAUCUGGAUGCCAUCAUGUUAGGUCCAUGGAGGAAAACCUAUGCAUUUAGUGGUGAUUAUGUAUGGACCAUCUCUGAUCUGGGACACAACCCACCAAUCAAGAUCACUCAGCUUUGGACCACACUUCCUGGAAACCUGAAUGCUGCUGUACACUCUCCAAGAACCAACAAGACCUACUUUUUCAAAGGCAGCAGAGUGUGGCGAUACACCAAGUUCAGUCUUGACUGGGGCUACCCUAAAGAUGUCAAAAGGAUCCCUCACAGUAUUGAUACUGCCCUGUACCUGGAGAAGAACAAGAAGCUGGUCUUUAUUAAGGGUUCAGAUCACUGGCAAUGGGACGAGCUGAAGUACAAUGACUUAUCCCACUAUCCAAAACCGCUGUCCAUGCUCUUCUCGGGGGUGCCCUCCAGUCCAGAUGCAGCCUUCACCUGGACAAACGGAAAGGUGUUCUUCUUUAAGGGAGACGAGUAUUGGCGCAUGAAUGACAUGCUUAGGGCCGACAGAGGAUACCCACUGAGCAAGAAGGCGCGCUGGAUGCAAUGCUAGGGGUCCACCACCAGGAGGCAACAGGUGCCAAGAGAUGAUCAGCCAGCAGGGGUCGCUGGUUCCAUUCCAGGGGCAUUGACAACUGUGCAACCUCAACAGCAGUGAUUCAUUGUAGAACUGAUUUUAUUUCACUGGAUCCAUGACUCCCUGCCCUCCAGAGCAGGAAGUUUUUUUUUUUAGUUCUUGAGCUUUAUUGUUUGUGUUUUUGUGACUGGGUGUCUUAUGUAAGCUUUUGUAUGAUCUCAGGGAGAAAUCGAGGAACGCCUUCUGUUUUUCUCUCAAGCAUGUGUGUUUGAUUAUGUGUCUUAAUACCUUCUGGCAGAUGUAAUAUGACGGUCGGAGUGUGCACUUUCUACUCAGCCUUUAUUAUGUAACACUUUUACAUUUUAUCAAACACAUCCAUUAUCUCAAUAAUCACACAGGUCUGUGAGAAAUCAUGUAGCAAAAAUGUGUCCUGAGUGAAUAAUUUCUGCAAUUAAACGACACAUUAUAUCAACUGUAAAA